CACCACUUCGGUGGAUCCAAUGAGGUGACGCCGCGUUCUGGGCCCAACUGAUCGAGUCAAGCCGGUGAUAAGCUGGGCUAAAACUGCCCACUGUUAAAAGCCAGAACAUCUAAAUUGCCUCCAAAGUGGCCCUCUAAUACCAGAAGAAACACGGAAGAGGCUCAUCAUGGUUUGGAGAAAGUUUCCUUUGGCUGCGUUCUUCUGCCUUGUCCUUGCAAUGUUGCCUUCUCACACAGACGCUGUGGCUGUCAUGUCAAUAGAUGUAGGGAGCGAAUGGAUGAAGAUGGCAAUCGUUAAACCCGGUGUGCCAAUGGAGAUUGUUCUCAACAAAGAGUCAAGGAGGAAAACGCCAGCGGCUGUAUGUCUCAAGGAAAAUGAACGACUUUUCGGUGACAGUGCUUUAGGAGUGUCUGUGAAGAAUCCAAAAAGCGUCUAUCGACACCUGCAAAGUCUCAUGGGUAAAAAGCACAACAACCCACAGAUAGCGCUUUACCAGAAACGCUUUCCUGAGCACCAACUGCAAGUUGACCCCGUUCGAGAGACGGUUUAUUUCAAAGAUUCAGAGAAAGUGCAGUACACAGCAGAAGAGCUUCUUGGGAUGAUGCUCAACUAUACUCGUGGACUGGCUCAGGAGUUUGCAGAGCAGCCAAUCAAAGAUGCAGUCAUCACUGUUCCAGCCUUUUUUAAUCAGGCAGAGCGAAGGUCUGUCCUGCAGGCUGCACACAUGGCAGGGCUCAAGGUCCUUCAACUCAUCAACGACAACACGGCCGUGGCCUUGAAUUAUGGGGUCUUUAGAAGGAAAGAUAUUGACAGUACAGGAAAGAAUGUGAUGUUUUUUGAUAUGGGCUCAGGCAGCACGAGCGCCACCAUUGUCACAUACCAGACGGUGAAAACAAAGGAAUCUGGCAGCCAGCCACAGUUGCAGAUUCGAGGUGUCGGCUUUGACCGUGGAUUGGGUGGCUUUGAGAUGGAUUUGCGCCUGCGGGAUCAUUUGGCUAAACUCUUCAACCAGCAGAAAAAGACCACCAAAGAUGUGAGAGAGAAUCACCGUGCCAUGGCCAAGCUACUAAAGGAGGCCCAGAGGCUAAAGACAGUGCUCAGCGCAAAUCUGGAAUUCAUGGCCCAGGUGGAAGGUUUAAUAGAUGAGAUUGACUUCAAGGCCAAGGUCACCAGAGCAGAGUUUGAAGAGCUCUGUGUUGAUCUCUUUGAAAGAGUGCCUCACCCAGUGCAAGAGGCCCUCACUGCUGCAGAAAUGAAUCUGGAUGAAAUUGAACAGGUGAUUUUAGUUGGUGGCUCCACCCGUGUCCCAAAGGUUCAGGAGGUGCUGCUCAAAGCAGUAGGCAAAGAGGAAUUGGGAAAAAGCAUCAAUGCGGACGAGGCAGCAGCUAUGGGAGCCGUGUAUCAGGCUGCUGCUCUCAGUAAGGCCUUCAAAGUCACGCCGUUCCUGGUUCGAGACGCAGCUGUCUUCCCCAUUCAGGUGGAUUUCACUCGCGAGGCCGAGGAGGAAGGUGCCCAAAGCUUGAAACACAGCAAACGUAUCCUCUUUCAGAGGAUGGCACCCUAUCCCCAGCGAAAGGUCAUCACAUUCAACCGCUACACUGACGACUUUGCUUUCAACAUCAACUACGGAGAUGUCAGCUUCCUGUCACAGGAAGACCUUAGUGUGUUUGGCUCUCUCAAUCUGACAACAGUCAAGUUGUCUGGAGUGGGCAGCAGCUUUCAGAAACACACACAGGCAGAGUCCAAAGGGAUUAAGGCCCAUUUCAACAUGGAUGAAAGUGGAGUUCUCCUAUUGGAUCGAGUGGAAGCUGUUUUUGAAACCAUUGUGGAGGAGAAGGAGGAAGAAUCCACAUUAACCAAACUAGGUAACACAAUAUCCACAUUGUUUGGAGGAGGAUCCCCAGAGCUUGCUCCAAAUGUGACUGCACCUGUUCAGGAUGAUAAGGAGGACUCUGGCAAAGCUGGCGAGAAUCAAAAUAAGGGCGAGGAUACCCAAAUGGGAGAGAGUACCAAGGAGGAAUCAGAGAAGAGUGCUACAGAGGAGAACAACCAGGAGAAGGCCCAAGAUGCAGGCUCUUUGAAUGACAACAAGGAGGAAAAGGACGAUGAAAAGAAAUCCGAUGAUGAAAACGUAGCUAAACCUCUGAAAAAGGCAAAGAUCUCAGAAGACAUCAAGAUUGAGCUAGUCAUCAAUGAUGUGAUGGAUCCCACUGAUAAUGACCUCAAAGCGUCAAUAAAUAAGCUGCAAGAUUUGACCGAUCGAGACCUGGCCAAACAGGAAAGGGAAAAGAUGCUCAACACCCUGGAAGCAUUUAUCUUUGAAACUCAGGACAAAUUAUACCAGGAGGAUUACCAGUUGGUGGUGUCAGAUGAGGAGAAGGAACAGAUUUCCUCAAAGCUAAGCGAAGCAUCUGCGUGGAUGGAUGAUGAGGGCUACUCUGCCGCCACCAGUCAGCUAAAGGAAAGGUUUUCUCAGCUCAAGCAUUUGUGCAAGGACAUGUUUUUUAGGGUGGAAGAGCGGCGCAAGUGGCCCGAUCGCCUCUCCGCCCUCGACAGUAUGCUCAAUACCUCCAGCAUCUUUUUGCGGAGUGCAAAGCUCAUUCCAGAGGAUGAUCAAAUUUUUUCGCAAGUUGAACUGACUGUGUUGGAAAAAGUCAUCAAUGAGACGAGGACGUGGAGGAACGAGACUACGGCCGAGCAGGAGAAGCGGUCUCCAAAAGAGCGUCCAAUCAUGCUCUCCAAAGACAUUGAAACAAAGAUUUCCCUGCUGGACCGAGAAGUCAACUAUCUGCUCAACAAGGCAAAGUUUGCCAAACCCAAGUCUAAAGCCAAGGCCAAGAAUAGCACCAGCUCUGAUAAAACCAGCAAGUCCAAUACCACGGCUGAACAGAAAGUGGAGGAGAACUCUGACAAAACCAGUGAAAGCUUAGAAGAGAAGCUGCCCGUUGAUGCCACGUCCACAGAGGAAAGCACUGCUCAGAUAGAAUCUGAUAGCAAAUCACAGCUCACAGAAGAAGAAGAAGAAGAAACAGGAACUGAGAAAGCCAAAUCUGAGAACCACAUAGAUGACGAAUUAUAACAACUGGAACUGGGAAAAGAAUCAACAAUAUUUAUUGAUGAUGUAAAUGUUUUCAUUUUUGAUCUGAUGUCCAUUUGUUGUUAAAGACAUGAGCAGGCCUACGUUCUCCGCUUCUUAUGUUGGUCUCUCAGCAGCGUACACUUCACACUGUAAAGAAAUGUAACAAUUUCUUUUCCCCUUUUUCACGUGUUUAAGUUGUCCCGCCCCCUUCUCUGCACUGUAUUUUUAUCCGUAUUGUUGGAUGCUGACGCUGAUGAAACCCUUGGACAGCCAACGUGUACCACACACGUCUGUGCCCUUAGAAGCUGCAAGACGAAUUCUAAAAAAUCCGUAUCAAUCAGACUGGAUCAUAUCAACGUAGCAUAUUAGGAUGAAAUGAAUAUGGAGUUGUCUCAAUUAUGUGACUCAAA